CUUGAUUUUACUCUAUCUGCUAUUUUGAAGCUCUACUCAACGGGUGCGGAAACGAUCAACCAGCUUACUGCUCCCUGAUCACCGCAGAUUCCCAAGGCUCGGGGUCUGUUCUUGAGACGCAUGCUGCUGGAGCCGGACCCCUUCCUGAACGAGCUCACCAAGCUGUACGAGCGCCACAAGGGCGCCGGCACCGUGUGGGUCACUCUCAAGCGAUCCAAUCUGCGCAAGAAGCCCAAGGGGGGUGCGAAGAAGGCAGGGGCGGAUGAUGUGGAGGAGGAUGAGAGCAGCGCCGCGGAGUACCGGUGCAUCGUGAGGGCCACCGAUGGCAAGAGGAAGAUCAGCACCCUGCUGGGGCCUCGGGAGCAUGCCAAGUUCCAGGCGGCUUAUGCACUCGUUCUUAAGGCCCACAUGGACUCGCUCAAGCGCAAGGAGAAGCGCGAGAGGAAGAAGCAGAAACAGCCAGCAACCGCCUCUUGAGAAAGGGUGCGCUUCUCCUAGUCAUCCUAGAGCUAACUGCAGGGAUGCUCUUGAUGUGAACACAAUGCUAUGUUUUUGCAUGAAUGCUGUAGAUUUUUAGUGUUUGAUUACACUGCAAUUUCG